ACCGAAGUUCAGGACUCAAUCAUGAAGUGCUUCAUCCUGUUGGCUCUCUUUGCUGCAGCUUAUGCUGCUCCCAUUGAGGAUGACAAGAUCGUCGGAGGCUACGAGUGCAGGAAGAACUCUGUGGCCUACAUUGCGUCUCUGAACGUCGGCUACCACUUCUGUGGAGGCUCCCUGAUCUCCAGCACCUGGGUGGUGUCUGCUGCUCACUGCUACCAGUCUCGCAUCAACGUGAGACUCGGAGAGCACAACAUUGCUGUGAGCGAGGGAACCGAGCAGUUCAUCGACUCCGUCAAGGUCAUCCGCCACCCCAACUACAGCAGCUACAACCUGGACAACGACAUCAUGCUGAUCAAGCUGAGCAAGGCCGCCACCCUGAACAGCUACGUCAAGACCGUGUCCCUGCCCUCCACCUGCGCUGGCGCCGGCACUUCCUGUCUGAUCUCUGGAUGGGGAAACACCAGCGGCUCUGGAAGCUACUACCCUGACAGACUCAUGUGCCUGGACGCCCCCAUCCUGAGCGACACCAGCUGCAGGAACUCCUACCCCGGAGAGAUCACCUCCAACAUGAUCUGCGUUGGAUUCCUGGAGGGAGGCAAGGACUCCUGCCAGGGUGACUCCGGUGGUCCCGUGGUGUGUAACGGUCAGCUGCAGGGUAUUGUGUCCUGGGGUUACGGCUGUGCCCAGAAGAACAAGCCUGGAGUUUACACCAAGGUGUGCAACUACAACACCUGGAUCCGCAACACCAUGUCCUCCAACUAAAUGGAUUUCAGUGUAAAUGUACACAUUGUGUCCAAGUGGUAAAAUAAUAAGUCACUAAAUCAUCAUCUGUGACAAUAAAAAGAGUUUAAACACAA